UUUGCACCAACUCGAUCUCGCAUGAUCUCGCGUCCCGAAUUUUGCAAUCUCAGUGCAAAAGUGACACUUUUGCAUGAGUCAACCACGACUCUGCCAACAUGGAAAUGACAAUGAGUAUGUGGUUUCAUGGUGGUCAAGAUGAGACAGUUCUCUUCGAAUUUUGGGAGACAGGCACAGGAACGGGAACAUUUAUAGGCUCACUGAUCAUAAUUUUUAUAAUAUCGUUUGUAUACGAAGCCUUAAAAUUUUGGAGGGAUCGGAUGCUUCAAUCACAAUGGGAGAAGAGCAGGUUGCUACUUAGGUCGAAGGGUCUGCCAUCUGCAAUGUCCCAAGUUUUUAGUACUUUCCACUGUUUGCAAACUCUUUUGCAUAUGGUGCAAUUUAUACUCUCGUAUUUCCUUAUGCUAAUCUUUAUGAAGUAUAACAUUUGGCUGUCGUUAGCCAUCAUUUUUGGUGCAGGUGUUGGUUACUUUACAUUUGGAUGGUAUACAACCUCUUCCAUUAAUAUCACUGAUUGUCACCACUAAAAUACACCCCAAAUGAUUAAUGAGUUACGUCGUGUAUACUUAAUGUGUUAUCCUACUUAAAUAGUGUAACGGACUAAUUGAUGAAUAGAUGCGUAUUUAUAAUAUAUUGAUCAACAAUGAGAAAAUGAAAUAAUAAACAACAUUGUGUUAUAAAAAGAGACAUUUUGUCAAAGUAUGUAUAUGUACUAACAUCUCGCGUAACAUGGUUUUAAGUACGACGUAAAAAUUUUGAAAAUCUUGAAAUCAGACGAAUUAGUGGAAUGAAGUUAAUAUGUAUUUGAUUUUUAAGUGUAUAUAAUUUCGAUAUAAAUCUUGACAUCGCGACGGUGAAAUGAUGGAAGUAACUACUACCAAGUUGUCUGUGAUAUUGUCAAUUAUAACUGUUUUACACUCAACCCCCAGUUUCUCUAACGAAUUGAAUCCAGACACAACAACCGACGUUACCACGCUUCACGAAAUACUCUUAAAACAAGCGACAUCAUUUCUUAUAUCCAGCUUCCAAUCUGAUCCAGAACUGGUGCAGGAAAUUGACAAGAAAAAUCACACGACGAUUUACAAGUUUCUUGGCGAAGAUGCAAUUCUGUAUGAAAGAAGUCUGAACGACGGUAAGAAAGAGGUUGUCGUGUUGACGAGUAAGGAGGACAAAAUUCCCAUCAAGGACAGAAAAUGUACUUAUGUACUGUUCAAGAGGAAUCCUUCCAGUUUUACAUAUUUUGGCGAAGUUGUAUUCAUCAGACCUAGCGCAUCAGAAAAUGCCGUGGUUAUUGACGACGUUCCAAGUCUCGUAGAGUGGACACCGUUCGACGAUCACUGGAUUCCGGGGAGACUGCCAGUCAGACAAUUUGCAAUGUCAUGUUCCUCCAGCAUCUUGGCCUCCUGUCUCUUCAAUGCAAGUGUUUUGGCAGAGAAUAAAUCUACCUAUAUUUCGUCACAGGUCCCUUUUAGCCAAUUAAAAAUACCACCAAAAUCGUCCAUGGCUCAGCUCGAAUCGCUGGUUUUCAAAUCAUAUAACGACUCAAAUAUCACUGAUGUCAAUUAUGAUUGCUACUUGGAUAUAAAACUGGGCUCGAUGGAAAGUGAUACCAGUGUCUUAAACGUUACCGAGAUUCUGGGUGAAACGAUCAAAAGUAUUUUAUGCAUGGCAGCCCCAUUACUCUGCACCUUGAAUACCUCAGUUACAACUGGAAUUUUGCCAUUUUCUGGUAGCAAGGAAGAUGUCGUCAUUGGACGGAGAAAAAGAGAUGCAAUAUCGCCAUUGUCGCCUUACAACUAUCCAGGGUGGAAAACCCAAUACAUGAAAAUAGCCAAAGGCUCGUACACUUCUAGAAACCCUACAAAAUUCUACGGUUUUGGAAAUUGUCCCUGGAAUAGCAGCUUCAGAGGAGACUAUGUGUUCAAAAAUUCCACUGGUAGUAGUGCCGAUGAUGUAAUUAAUUACUACUUGACCAUCCUACGAGUUCAUUGCAUAUCAACGAUCAAUACGUUACUAAAAGCUGUUGUUAAAAGUGGGAUUCUUUCCCUAAACAAGGCAGAGAAAAAGUUUGAAGUCGUAUCGGAUCAUAAAUAUUUAACGCAAGGAAAGCUCACGACCGGCGAACUGAUACAUGUGGUCACCGCUUUUGAAUUUUCAGUGUUCACAGAAAUUUACGUCUCAACCAUUAAUGAACCCAGAAAAGAUAACAGCACAAUUUAUGCGACAAGUUUUACGACGCCUUCUGGGAAACUAUGCUCCGAAAGCAUAUCGUUUUUCACCACAAUUUGCUUAAACUAUUUGACGAUCGUUCAAGACAAAGCUCCCUUGCACUUGAUCUACUUGACCAGAUCCAUGCUUCAAAAUACUCAAGCCAUUUAUUUUAAGCUGGUCCAGGAUUCGAUAAACUUGGCGCAGAGUUGUAAAGAUUGCAAUAAAGAUAUUGAACUCAACUUUAACGACAGACUACAGCUCAUGGCCCUCAAUCAAUUCAUUAGGAAGGGAUUGAGUCCCGUUGAGAAGGGAAAAGUGGACGUGGAUGACGCAUUCAACGAAUUCUACAAGGACAAUGAAUCCAUUAUUGAGAAAUACGUUAAACUUUACACAUAAGCCAAUACAAGAAAAAAUAAUAUAUAUUUAUUU